AUGGCAUCGAUCGUGGAAUAUAUGGCCCAGCUGACUGUUCUUGGCGUCUUGGAACCAUCCACCUUACCGGAGGCGGCGAUCGGAGGGGGUGGUGGUGGUGGUGGUGGUAGUGGGACCACUGGUGGUACUUACAAUCUCACACGUCUGGUUGAACUAUUAGCCUCCGUAACUGAGUCCAACCCCUGUCUUUCUAAUGAGUUGGGCAAAGGUUGCACAAUCUUGACCACACUGUUAGGCACAACUGAAGCUCCCUCUUCUGCUGUUUCCUCUCUUUUGCUUGCUCCCAUGCCACUGACUGCAUGUGGUUCAGUCGUUUACUCCAUUCCCGUCCCCAUAAAUCUACUACCUACUCCCUCGCAAGCGAUCGACUUGGCUCUCGUACUACUUGUUCGCAUUGCCAACGGUGUGGUCAGUCGGACGUCGGCUCGAUCAGGUGUGGAAGCCUCUGGUCUGAGCCCCGCUGUGGUCGCCACGGUACAAAAUGCGAUCAAGCUCUUUCUAUCUCAAUGGUUCACGGAAUAUAUGCGAGAUAAAGAGUUAGCGGUACGUCAUUGUUGGGCAACAUAUUAA